GGGAGAUUGUAUGGGUGGAUAUACAUCUGGUGCCGAUUGAAUACAUCAAGUGAUGAUAGCAAAAUACUAUAUAAGUAUCGAUGGUGUCUUCUCUUUCAAUCCAUCAUCAGCAUCAACAGCAUCAGCUUCCAUUCCAUAUUCAUUACAUUCCACAUUACCACUUUCGUUAAAAUCAUCAAUUUGACCUCAUUCAUUCAAAAUGCAUUUCUCCAACGCAAAAUUCCUUUCUAUCCUCGCUGCUGCUGCAGCAGUCAAGGGUGCUCCAAUUGAGGAGAGCACCAUUCAAGCUCGCGCCGUCGUUCCUCAUGACUCCAUCAACCCAUGGGGAGAAAACGUACCUGGUAACGCCUUGGGUAACACCUUGAAGAGAUUCGAGCCAUAUCUUCACAUUGCUCAUGGUUGUCAACCAUACAGUGCCGUUGAUGGUAAUGGUAACACCAGUGGUGGACUCCAAGAUACUGGCAAUGUCUCAGCCGGCUGCCGUGAUCAGAGCAAGGGCCAAACCUAUGUCCGAGGUGGCUGGUCUGGAGGUCGCUAUGGAAUCAUGUACGCCUGGUACUUCCCCAAGGAUCAACCAGCCGCUGGAAACGUCGUCGGAGGUCACCGUCACGACUGGGAGUAUGUCGUCGCUUGGGUCAACAACCCCGAGGUUGCCAACCCCACCUUAAUCGGCGCCGGCGCAUCCGGUCACGGAAGCAUCAAGAAGACCACAAACCCCCAACGCCAGGGCGACAGAUUGAAGGUCGAAUACUAUGUCUCCUUCCCAACCAACCACGAGUUGCAGUUCACCAACACCUUGGGCAGAGAUUUGCCAAUGAUGUGGUAUGACUUCUUGCCAGCUGUUAGCAAGACAGCUUUACAAAACACCAACUUUGGAAAGGCAAACUGCCCAUUCAAUGACGCAAACUUCAACAACAACCUCGCCAAGGCAAGAAUCUAAAGUUCUUUCUUACUAGAUAGAGUUCUGGAGAAUCUGGAAGUUUGUCCUGUCAGAGAUCGUUAGUUGGGGGUUUUCGGGGAUGUUUUUUGUGGUUUUCUUUCCUUUUGGUUAUUUUGAAUAUGGAAGUACGAGGUAUGAACAGGGAGGGUUUGGUUUAUUUUUUUUAUCUCAUCUCUUUUUCGAGUUUUAAGAUGAAGCUUUAAUGAAAUUAAUAUACUUCUGCAAUAUUCUUUCCGA